UCGAAAACAACGGGGAAAAUACCUGUAAGAACCUACUGCAGAAUAGCGAUAACGUGUAAAGUUUUAAUCAUUUAACUAGAACGCCAAGGGAAAACCAGUGAAACUAAUAGCGGAACCGCACAAUUUGAGGCCGCAUUUGAGUUGUAGUUGGUGGAAACUUUGAAAUUAUUAGUGCACACACCUAAACCCAAGGUCUGGCCAUUUUUGUUCUUUCGUGAAUGUCAGUGUUUCGGAGAUAAUUUGAUUCAAAACAGUACGAUAAAAUGAUAGCUACGGAUAAUCUAGAACUCUCGCUGAACGAUCUUUCCAUCGACGAUGGGCUGGCCAACGCCAACAGUAAUAAAAUCAUGAAAUGGAACCUUCCACUCAAAGAGUUGUACAAGUUUGCGUGCGGUUUUUACAAAGAAAAAUCGGGCAAGGCAAUCCAUCUUAGCUAUGAGGAUAAUCUGAAGUUGGUUGCAUUCACGCAGCAAGCGGCGCACGGUCCGCUGGAUUUGAUGAAGGCACCACCCCUGGGGAUGUUCGACGUAAUCGGAAAGGAUCGAAGAAUAGCAUGGCAACAGUUGGGCACGAUCACAAAGCUUCAGGCGAUGGAAGGCUUCAUCGACCUGCUGGACCGCUUGUGUCCACUGUUCAAGCCGUACGUCGAGGCGAUCAAGAAGGACAAGGAGGAAAAGGCACGCCUGGCGGAACAGGAUCAAAUUCAGCGCACCGAAGCCCAGGCAGCCGAAAAGGAACGCUUGGAAGAGCAGCGGCGAAUCGAGGACGAAAAGAAUCGCGAGGAGUUGCAGCGCCGUCAGUUGCAGGAUGCACUGAAUCAGCAGACGUACCACCAGUUCAAGGAGUACGCGGAAAUUCAAUUUCCGGGCAAUCCAGAGCAGCAGGCCGUGCUGAUCCGUCAGCUACAGAACGAGCACUACCAUCAGUAUAUGCAACAGCUGCAAGCGCAGGUAGCGACAAACUAUGCCCGACUGAAAGGCGAUGCCGAUCCGGAGGAGGGAGAGAAUCCAUCGACUGUCGGUGCAACCGGUGCCGGCGCUAACGAGCUGGGAGAAUUAACAAAUUCUACCACGAAAGAAAAUAGUCAAUUUGAGUUUAAGGAACAAUGCGACAGUGACAACGACUCUGGAGAUUACGCUGUGAUUAGUCCCGCAAAUAUGUGGACUAAGGCGGACAUAAAACUCUUCAAACAAGAAGUUAUGGCUGGAAAAGGUGACGGAGUAAUUCGUGUCAAUCAUGGUGAUACAGUAACGGUCAAAGUUCCAACUCACGAAGGUGGUUCUUGUUUGUUUUGGGAGUUCGCAACGGACAGUUAUGAUAUCGGAUUUGGAGUAUACUUUGAGUGGGGCAAACCUCCUACAACCGAAGUAUCGGUGCACAUCAGCGAAAGUGACGAGGACGACGAUACGAUAGAGGAAGACGAAGAAGUAAUUUGUGCCGAAGACCUAGAGUGUGGCCCAGUGCAAAGCAGCCAAACGAGUUCCACCGGGAGCGCGCUCGGAUCGCGCAAUCCCAUCUCGAUCAUCAUACCGAUCUAUCGGCGUGAAUGCCACCAGGAGGUGUACGCCGGUUCGCACUCCUAUCCAGGCGAAGGGACGUACUUGCUCAAGUUCGACAACUCCUACAGCCUGUGGCGUCCGAAGACGCUUUACUAUAAGGUUUUCUACACGCGAUAAUUUGCUUCAAACUAGUGAAAAGAUAAACCCAAACACAAGCACAUUCAGAUAAACAUAUUUAGACAAAAUAUUAACGAAAAAAGUAACGAUCGAAUUCUAUCAACCACAGGAAAAAACAACCCCCCACGUCCCCAAGCUACCCAUGUCUAUUCUCUCCAUUUGCUGUGCGGCUUCGAAAUAUAUUUCGAACCAGUUUCGAUGUUUGAAUCGUUAACACGUUGUCUGUACGUUGUAUAGAAGUAUCUAAAAAUGUUUCCUAAUUCAAUAGAGUAUAUUAGUUGCAAUAGUUGAACGGCAGAUUCCGUUGGUUUGAGUCUAUAUUCAGGGAUGCAAAUGAUCGACGCUGGUUGAUUCUGUUCCGGGAAUUCAUCAUGCUUGUGCUCUCACUGUUCGAUACAGCAAGAGAUCCAUUCGGAGAGCAAGGUAAAUCUAAAAACAAAAAAGAUUCAUAAACCAACUAAGCACACUUAUCGAUAAUGGAUGUUGAUUGUUCAACAGAUUAUUGUACACGCGGUACGAGACAUACACAUACGUACAUACGAGAAAAUAAAAAUGGCGAUUGGUAUACAUUUUGUUCAAUGUAAAC